UACACGUCAUACCCCAGUUCUCGCGAGAAUACAGGAUUUGAAAACAGGCGGCAGUGUGGAGAGACGAAAACUGGAGAAAAGAUGACUGCAGACAACGAAAUCGAGGUUAAAGAGGCGUUUCAGCGCGCUCAGAAGGGCCACAAUAACAAAGCGAAGCUGGUGGCAAGCCUGAAGAGCCGCUACAACAAGCUCGAGGACAAAACUCUGUUCCAUGAGGAGUUUGUCCACUACUUGAAGUAUGCCAUGAUUGUCUACAAGCGUGAACCUGCAGUUGAAAAUGUCAUCGAGUUCGUAGCAAGGUUUGCCACAAGUUUCCAGUCUCCACCUAAAACAGACGAGGAGGAGCAGCAGCAGGAGGAGGAGGAGGAAGAGGAGGAAGAUGCUGAGGAUGAUCAUCCAUUUCUGAGUUUCAUCUUCAACUUCCUGUUGGAGUCCCAUAAAGCCAAUAGCCAUGCGGUUCGUUUCCGUGUGUGCCAACUCAUCAACAAGUUGUUGGGCAGUAUGGCGGAGAAUGCCCAGAUAGAUGACGACCUCUUUGAUCACAUCCACCAAGCCAUGCUGGUCCGUGUCACUGACAAGUUCCCCAAUGUGAGGAUUCAGGCUGCUUUGGCCAUGACACGUCUACAGCAGCCAAAGGAUCCUGACUGUCCAACCAUCAACGCAUACAUGUUGAUUCUGGAAAAUGACACAAAUGCUGAAGUGCGACGGGCUGUCCUUUCCUGCAUUGCGAUGUCCCCUCAGACCCUCCCCAAAGUACUGAAACGCACCCGGGACACCAAGGAAAACGUCCGCAAGCUAGCCUACCAGGUUCUGGCUGACAAAGUUCACAUUAAAGCUCUGACCAUCGCACAGAGAGUUACUCUCCUGCAGCAGGGUCUCCAUGACAGUUCAGAAGCGGUGAGGGAGAUGGUGCGUUGUCGCUUACUGCCGUCCUGGAUGCUUCGGCUGGACGGGAACAUCAUAGAGCUGCUCCACAGGCUGGAUGUAGAGAACUGUGCCCAAACAGCUCUGGAGACACUGAAAGCCAUCCUUAAAGGCACACUAACCGAAGAACUGCAGCAGAACAGAGUGCAGCUCGACAACAGGAAGGUGAUCCCCGUGGACUUGCUCUCCUGUGAGAAUGUGCUUUACUGGAGAGCUCUCUGUGAGUUCAUCAAGGCCGAAGGAGACGACGGUGAUGAAAUGCUGGAGCAAGUGUUGCCAGACUCUGCCACUUAUGCCGAGUACCUCUACGGAUACCUGAAGGCAGUGCCUUUACUGUCAGAGGAGCAGAGGGCCGACUUUAACCAGCUGGAACUCGUCAUGACCAAAGAGUUCAUCUCCCAACAGCUGAUCCAUCUCAUCGGAUGUCUGGACACCAAUGAGGAGGGCGGCAGGAAGCGUGUGUUGGCCGUCCUGCAGGAGAUGUUGGCUCUGCCCCAGACUCCCUCCUCCCUCGUCUCCCUUCUCACUGAGAAACUGCUCACCCUCAUUUCAGAUGACAACAGACGCAUACAGACUGUGGCAGAAAUCAUCUCGGAUGUGAGGGAGCCCAUCAUGGAGGCCAGUCAGCCAGUGGAUGAGAAUGUGAGCCGCCGGCAGCAGGUCCAGUUAGCAGAGGUGAAGGUGCACAUCAUGGAGGCUAAACAAACCCUGGAGGACUGUAUCACCGCCCAGGACUUCGGCCGCGCUGCAGAGCUGAAGGACUCCAUCACCGAGCUCGAGAACCGCAGGAACCAGGUCCUCCAGGAGAUCGCAGAGAGCAGCCAGCCGGCCGACAAGGAGACCCGCACUGAGAAGAAUGACCCAGAGACUCUCCUGAGGUGUCUAACAAUGUGUGCAGAGCUGCUGAAGCAGAUGAGAAUCAAGAAACAGAUUGGUCCAACUAUAAGCGCUUUAAUGGCUUCACUGGUCCUGCCCAGUAUAGCAAAUGCUCACCCUGCUGUCCGUAACAUGGCCGUGGUGUGUCUGGGAACAUGCACUCUGCAUAGCAAGGAGCUGGCCAAAAACCACAUGGUGCUGCUGCUGCAGAUUGCCCAGCUGGAUGAAGUAAAGAUCCGUAUCAGUGCUCUGCGGGCCAUCAUCGACCUGCUGCUGCUGUUUGGCUUCCAGCUGCUCUCAGAAACAGCUGCCACUCAGACAGCCCCGCAGUCCCAGUCACCAGACAGACAGGAGGAGGACGCACCAAUGGGCGAGGAGAAGGGGGACACACCAGAGGACACUGCACAGAGCGUACUUGUGAUGCUUUCAGAGUUCCUGGGCAGUGAGGUGUCGGACCUGCGAACAGAGACCGCCGAGGGCCUGGCCAAACUAAUGUACACCGGACGUAUCUCCAGCGCCAAGAUGCUCUCCCACCUGGUGCUGCUGUGGUACAAUCCGCUCACAGAGGACGACACCAGACUACGCCACUGCCUCGGUGUCUUCUUCCAGCUCUACGCCCGCGAGAGCAGGGUCCACCAGGAGGUGGUGGAGGAGGCCUUCCUGCCGACGGUUCGGACUCUGAUGAACGCUCCAGCCACCUCUCCGCUAGCUGAGGUGGAUAUUAACAAUGUGGUUGAGCUACUCGUCGAGCUGACCCGUCCGAGUGCACUUAUUAAGCCCUCAGCUAACACGGAGGAGGUUUGUGUCCAUGACUUCUUGGCGGUGCGUAUGUGUGGAGAGAUGUUGAAGGACCCUACAGCCCCCGAGGUGCGUCUCUACGCCAAGACUCUGAGCAAUCUGGAGCUCAGCAGAGAUGGGACGGUCAGGAAAGACCUGCUGACGCUGCUGCAGCAGCUUGUUCAGGUGGUGAAGGAUCGUGUCUGUCUCCGUGCUCUAGAGAAAAUGGUUUCUCAGCUAGUGGACUCUAAAGAGCAGGCCGAGCUCCUCAGCGCCAGUGCACUGCAACCACUGGAUGUUAAUGCAGAUGAGGCUGCAACAGACGAUCCAUCUAAAUCUGCCAAAAGACCCAAAAGAGGUCAGAGGAAAGCCUGCACAGCCAAAGGGGGCAGAAAGCCAAGCAGGAGGGCAGAGUCAUCAGAGGAGAGUGAUGGAGAAAAUGUUCCAGAGUCAGUUCCUAUGGUGCGUACCUCACGGAGGGCCAGGGCUGCAGCUCUCGAGAAGACAAAGCUGGACCUCAACACCCUCAUCAACCAGGAGGCCAAUGUGUCGUAGAACUCUGGUUAUUAAGAGUUGAGAGGUUUAAGAUUAAAACAGGAGUUGAAAUGAAUUGGAUUUAACCUGUGCACAAGUACUUCAGUCUAAUAUAACUUGCAAAUACUGAAGCUGUUAACUCACUCUGAUACAACCCCAAUUCCAAAAAUGCUGGGAUGCUGUGUAAAAUGUAAAUAACUGAACUGAAUGAAUUAAAUACAGAAUUCAGAGUAUAUUCACAUGAUCCAAGAUUUUUACAGUUUAAACAUUAAAUAUAUAGUCUUUGUAAAGUUUUUAAUUGAAUGUGUCUCAAAGGAUAAGUUAAUUAUUGUAUUCUGUUUUAUUUACAUUUUAGACAGCAGUCCAACUUUUUUUGAAUCAGGGUUGUAGUAAAAUUGCCUUUUGUCAUAUUGUCUCAUAUUUCUAUUUCCCCGUUUUAAGUUUUGUCAUUGAAAUUAUUAAAGUGGAAUAUAUGUUCAGAAA